CAUUUUAUCUGCUUCAUAUAAAUGUAUUGAAUAUUUUAAAACUGUUUUCAUACAUCGCGAAAAAAGCAAAUAAAAUUAUUGUGAAAUUAAAAAAUUGCACACGUGUACAUUGAUAACCAAGUAAAGCGACUGCAAUAUUAAAAAAAUUUUAUUUUUAUCACAUAAAACAAUACUAUUUGGUUUAGGUUUCAAGAACUAAAAUUAUACUAGCAAGUUGAUUUUCUAAAUCAAAAGCGAACAUUAGCAGCAUUUACUGGAUAUAUUUCCAAUUCAACUGAUAUCUCUGAAAAUAAAAAGAAAAUUUCCCAAAGAUGGAUGCCCUACAUUUGAGUAAUUCUCUAUCAACCGUUCAGGUUAUACCAAUUUUCCAGUACUUGAGCAUAAUUAGCGAUUUUCUAUUCCUCGAGAAUUAUCUACCAGAAGUAGAUCAGUACAAACCUAUUCCUGUCGUUAAUGAACUUUAUCGUUAUUUCGUGGAGAAUCGUGCUUAUCAAAACAAGACGUUACUAUUAAUUCGAAAUUUACUAAAAGGCAGUGAUCUAUACGGCGAGCAAGAAAAUGAAACACCUGACGAAAUAUUCAUCACUACAUUGUUUGACUACAUCAUCAGUUCUCUAGUGUUUGCCAAAUACGGAAAUAUUUACGGUUUUUUGGCCGAAAGUAUUAGUCGGGUAGAUGAUUUAAAGUUUGAUUCAGUUAUAAAAAAGUUAGACGACAGUCUUGAGAAAGCAAAAUUCCAAAAUGAAUGUGGCGAUAGUUCGACACUCACUCCAUUAUCGGUGUUCCGAAUAUUUAAGGAUAUAAUAUUACCACUAUUUCCUCAACCUCUAUUUAACAUCAAUUUACUGUCUCUUGAUUAUAUUUACGCAAUGGCUGCUUCAGCGUACCUUCGAUUUGGUAGAUUAAAUGAAACCUACUAUUCAAAUUACAAACAAUUAAAUUCAAGGAAAAGAACUCAUCGAAUCAUGUUUGACGAAUACGUGUCAAUAGGUUACAUAAUAGAAGAACUUUAUUAUCAAAAUAUUGAUCCUGUAGCUUUAAAAACAUUUGCUUUUCCAGCAUUGUUACACUAUAUUACCACAAAAGAAAAAAUUAAUGCAAAAAAUAUAACAACGGUAAUAUUUAACCCUAAACAUUUGAAGAAGGUGUACAGUGUUUUUUUCGAACAUCUCAAAAGUGUUUCCAAAGAAAUUGAAAGUCAGUUGGAAAAUGAUUACACCUAUAAAAUUCAUCGAGCCUUUUCAAAUUUUGUAAGUCGGGCAAAAUAUGCAAAAUUAGUAUUGGAUUAUCAGUGCAGACAUUUAAAUGAUUAUCAACGAAAAGCAAAAAUUGAUAUUUAUAUCGACAAUGCUGAACGGUAUAAAUGCAGAGCUGGUGAUUAUCUACCAAACAUAAACGAUUGGUUCAUGGAUCAAAUUGAUGCCUUUGGUGAACUGUACGAAAAAUACGAUUACGGAAUAAUGCAGAAAAUAUUUAACGAAUCAUCAAUAGAUCUUGAUAACAUUGCAAUAAAAUUGAUAGUAACUAAUGACGAAGUAGAAAAUAAGAAUUUUAACACAUCGCAACAUUUAUCAUACGAUUUACUUGAAUUUCAUAACACUAUUGCCAGUACCGUCGAGUAUUAUGCUUUAGUGCGGCAAAAUUACACUGUAACACUCGUUAAAGAAUCCAAAGAUCCGGAAUAUUUCAAAAAACUAAUCGGACCCUCAAAAUAUACUAAUGAACGUAUUGUCCUUAAAAAUACCAAAGACAGUGCAGAACAAUUUUGUCAAAAAAUAACAAAAUACAAAAAAGAACGUUUUGUAUCCUACUUGACUUAUUCUGACAAUAGUCCUGAAAAAAGUAAAUGGUGGAGAGAAUUUGGUUUCUCCUUUGUACCCCUCUAUCCAUGUGUAUCGGACAUCAAUCACUAUGGCGAAUUAUCAAUAAAAUUGUGCGAACAGGAAAAUAUUAAAUUUCUGACUAAAUAUCCCGAAGUAAUGUCAACAAAUCUUGUGAACCAAAAUACAAAAGAUAUUCUAUUCACACUUGGAACAAAUAUCGAAUAUGUAUUCUUAAAGGAAUCUCUACGCUCCACUGUUAUAUCCCUAAAAGCAUCAAGAUCCAAAUCAACAUCUGAAUUCCAAAAACUAGCCAAUGAAUUUUAUGAAAAAUUAUCAUUGCACCUAGAAGAACCAAAAUACGAAAUUAUGUGGUUUUCCGAAGAUGGAGUACGAUUUAUGAUAGAAAUUAUAAACUACUCGGAUGUGAAUGUGAAGAAAAUGUUUAAGCACUCGAAGAAUGUUUUGUAUAAAUUGUUACUUUUGAAAGGCUCAUUUAUUAUCGAUAUUACUGAUCAUGAAGUUGAUAAAUUAAGUGAGUCCAUAUUCAUCAAAAGUUGGAAUGGUGUCACUGGUUAUGGAUACAAAUUUUCAUAUGCUGGCGAAGAUGCUCCAUCAGCUUCCUUAUUAAUUGGUUACGAAUUCAAAGACGUUGGCAAUUCAAUUUUACUUCUUCCAAAUUCGCUAUCAAAUAAAAUUCACAUUGAAUUUAAAAGCAAGAUUAAAUGUAACGCAGAUGAACUAAUUUGUAAAAAUAAUGCUACACCGACGAUUGACACUUCGUUCAUUGGCAUCUGGACUCACGAAAACAAUGAGGAUAAAUGUUCCUAUAUUAAAGGAAAGAGAGAAUCUGACUUUUGCCUAAGACACAAGAGUUACAUUCAAAAAUUUAAUGAUGAUGCUGCAAUAUUAAGUGAUAUAUCAAAAAAUGCUGCCCUUGAUCCUUUAGUUAAAAAUGAAAUACGUGAAAUAUUAAAAUGGUUCACAUUUCCAAGUAAGAAAAUAGCGAUAGAAUUUUUAACUAAUUGGAUGAAAGAUAUACUGUUCGUAAAUUCAGUUUGGAGUCGUGACAAUAUUCUCGACACAACGGGUGUGUUGAAUGUUCUAUUUUAUAAUACAUCUUUGGAUAAUAUAUUCAUGUCGAAAUCAGAAGCGGAAUCGAAAAUCAAUUCCAGUUACACAUAUAGAGAACGAUCCAAAAUUGAAAAGAAAAUGUCGGUAGAACAUUUACUUAAAGAAUAUGAGGUUCGAAGAGGUGACUAUUCUGCAACAUUUGAAGAUUACUAUGCGUUAAGAAAUUUCAUCACAACCGGAUAUCAGAGAAUAAUGAGCGAUACCCAUGAGGCAAACCUAAUGAAACUUGCUUUAUACAGAUUAGCACUAAGACAAUCAGUUGAUUUUGACGAGGAGAAUGAAAUGAAAUUGUACAUUUUUGAAUCGGUAAGUGAAGAUAUUUUUCGGAAGAAAUUCAUGAAGGGUAAUUCAGAAAUCGCGAAUUUAGGUAAAAAUAUUACAUUGCAAAAGUUUUUACCAACAAUAUUAAGUGAAGAGGCUGCAUUGAAAUUUGCCGAAAGUCCAGCAAGUGGUUUUCGAAACGUUUUGUAUGAAAUAAAAUUUUUCAGUUCUUAUUUAAGAGUAAUAGUCGAUGUUGAAGUUAAAAUGAACUUGAGAGAGAAGAGAAUUAUUAUUUUACCUGGUAAUAAAUUUUAUCUAGAGAAAAUUCUUCCAGUGCCGACUGUAAAAAUAGGUACGUAUUUUAAAGUUCAUUUAACUUCUGCAUCGCAAAAUGAUAAUAAGUUUGAAUUGUGUAAAAAUGUACUGAGGCAAAUGGCAAAACUCGACCAAGCAUAAAUUUUCAAUCUAACCUUAAAAUUUUAAGACAAAAUUAUUUUACGCAUGCGCAGUAGUGUUCUGACGCAAUUACACAUGCGCAGUAGUGUUGCGAAUUAAAUAUUUUACCUUUAAGUAAAUUUCCAUGUAAAAUUGAAUG